AUGGAACAUCACGAUGCGGACCAGCCGCUUUUGGCGAACGAUAGCAACAACCGCGAAGAUGUGGUGUAUGAGUCUUCGGAUGAAUCUGCCAGUGGGCUAGGUGGAUUAUUCAUAUGGGCUCUUACAUUUGCUGCAGGGAUAAGUGGCCUGCUUUUCGGUUACGACACUGGUGUCAUUUCCGCGACUCUUGUUUCCAUCAAGACAGAUCUCUCGGGAAAGCUUCUGACAACUAUGGACAAAAGUAUCAUUACUUCCAGUACCAGUCUGCUUGCCCUAAUUGCUAGUCCCUUGGCUGGCGUUUAUGCUGACAGCAUUGGCCGGAGGAAGGUGAUGUUGGUGGCAGAUGCUCUUUUCACUUUAGGUGCAUUGUGUCAGGCACUUACGUCUACUGUUUUUGGCAUGGUCAUUGGGCGUAGUCUCGUUGGAUUGGCUGUGGGGGCUGCUAGCAUGGUAUCAUCGUUAUAUAUAUCUGAACUAGCACCUUCACACUUGCGAGGAAGACUGGUCACUAUUCUCGCUCUCUUUAUCACUGGCGGCCAGGUUGUUGCAUACAUCACUGGCUGGCUAUUCUCAUCAACACCGGGAGGCUGGCGCUGGAUCGUCGGAUUAGGCGCAGUGCCAGCGAUGAUGCAAUUCGUAAUUCUCAUUUUUCUGCCUGAGUCACCUCGAUGGCUUGUAAAAGCUGGCUACUUUGUGGAAGCGAGGCAAGUCUUGACCAAGGUAUUUGGUUCAGACUCGCAGGCCGCAUACAAAACCCGCACCGUGCUGCGAGACAUCGAACAAGAGGUUGCCGAUGAAGCGGCACAGCUCUACAAUAAAGCAGACAAUAGCUUUCGUCGAGCUCUGCAAACUAUGGCUGAACUAUACAGCGUUGACUGCAACAGGCGAGCCCUAAUCAUUGCGAUGAUGCUGCAGGGUUUUCAGCAACUGUGCGGCUUCAAUAGCUUGAUGUAUUUUUCAGCGACGAUCUUCGAGUCCCUCUCAUUCUCUUCUCCGACUCUCACGUCCUUGGCAGUUGCUGGAACCAACUUUUUGUUUACACUGCUGGCCUUCUCGGUGAUUGAUUAUAUAGGUCGCCGUCGUAUCCUUUUGUACUCGAUCCCGUUUAUGAUUGCUGCGCUGCUUGGAUGUGCUUUGGCAUUUUCACAUUUAAGAUGGGAACCCUCACUCUUGUCAUUUGAGAAUGACCAGAGACAACCAUUAUCGAGUACAUCUUCUAUGCCUGUGGUCAUCCUGAUCUGUCUUACUGUGUACACGGCUGCAUAUGCAUCAGGUCUUGGAAACGUCCCUUGGCAGCAGUCAGAACUGUUUCCCCUUUCUGUUCGUUCUCUUGGAUCAGCUUUUGCUACAGCUACGAAUUGGGGCUCCAACUUCAUCGUUGGUCUGACUUUUUUGCCUAUGAUGGAGGUAUUGACUCCAAGAUGGACAUUUGUCAUUUAUGCGUUGGUGUGUGUCCUUGGAUGGAUCGGUGUAUGGUUCGUAUAUCCAGAAAUGAGUGGCAUGAGUCUUGAGGAAGUCAAAGAUCUUUUGAGUGAUGGCUGGGGCGUGAAAGAUAGUCUCAUUGAACGCAUCGCUAUUCACAUUGAGUCUGACGAUGACAUGCUCUCGUUUGCACUCACAUGUCGUGGGGUAGCAAAUUGCAUUCUUUCAUCUACUUCAGGGGUCUGGCGAGCAAGGUUCAACGACAAAUACGACGCAGGAUGGAAAUACACCUCCGAUACACUGCAUGUCGAAUAUCAAAUGCGUGCCAUGGUUCUUGGUCAGCCAGUCUACAUUCAACCCAAUGAAACAAUACGCGAGCAAGUUUGGCUGGAGGUCAUUUCAACCUUGUUGACAGAAACAUACGUGACCAAACGUGGCGAGCCGCGCAGCCCACGAUCAAAGAAUCUUCUGAGGAUUGCUGAAGCAUGCCUUAGUCAUCUGUGUUUCGACCCAAAUGGUCCAGGACCAUGCCUAAGAAGCAACUACGAUAUCACGGAGGUCUACUCCUGGGGUCAAGAGGCCCAUGAAUCGCUUGUGGAGGAUGGUCAAAUUAGAUUGGACACUUUGCUGCACAUACGCAACUUCUGGCAGAGACAUCUUCUUAGCACUCGAGAGCAAUCAUUCGCCACCUCAUACGAAGAGAACGUUCAACGAAAGCCGAGGGAAUGGCUUCGUCCUUUAGAAGACCCGAUCCCUGUGAUGGGUUAUUGGCACGGCUAUUAUUCUUGCAUUCAUCCUUACCCAACAGAUGUUGAUACGUUGAUGGAAUGGCAGACAUGUGCCAGUCACUCUUUGAUUCUCAUCGAUGCCAAUCGUACGAUCUGGCCAAAAAGAUUCGAUGAUCAAUUCCCCGAACAUGAUCUGCUAUGUCCCAGAAAGUAUUUCAUUGGCAGUGAAGGAUUCGAGGGUGAUGACUCCCUCCACUAUCACAUUCGAGGCUUCUACCAGGAUAUCCCCGAGACCCAGGGCGGUAUCUAUGGUUGGAUGCGCGUCUGCUUCGUUAGUUAUCUCCUCUCGGAAGAGCGUGACGGCCAGGAUGAGCCCGAUACCACAAGCUGGGAGACCUAUGACAUCUACAACGACUUCGAUCGGAUCUACGGCUUUGAGGGGAUUCUAUUGCCGGGAGGGAAAAUCUUGUUGGGAAAGUACUUUGAUUUGCAGUUUGAGGGUGAGGAAGACUGCGAGCGCGGACCGUGCAUCUAUUGGGAACAUACUUCGAUGGGGAAUAUUUUGGAUAUCUUGACUAUUUCUCAGAGCAUCAAGGACCCUUUCCUUACCUGUUUUUCACCCCCAAGAGAGGAGCAAGCUUGA